AUGGAUUCCGAUAAAAUAAGUAUUGAGGCAGCUAUAACCAGAGCCGGGUUUGGGCUCUACGGCUGUUUGAUGACAGCUCUAACCGCCCUUAUAUUGAUCGCAUUUGCUUGUAUCGCCUAUGGUGUCAUGUUUAUUGUGCCCACGAGUGCCUGUGAGCUCCAGACUACUACUGCGCAGCAAGGACUAUUAGCUUCUGCACCUAUAAUAAGUCUUUUACUUGGCGGAGUGGUGUGGAGUUACUUGGCAGAUACUCGAGGCCGGCGCGCCAUGCUACUGAUAUGUCUCGCGGGUGGUACAUUAUUUAACCUGAUCGGCACUAUAUCCGUCAAUUGGAUUAUGCUGAUGGUCUUUCAACUUAUUGCUGGAAUAUUUGCAGCUGGAAUCUACUCUGUGUCUAUGACGUUACUCAGUGAGUCUGUCCCGAUGACUCAUAGGAACUCCGCCAUUCUGAUAGUGGCCAGUGUCAUGUUCCUUGGACAAGGCAUCAAAGGAUUAAUCGCGCUUCCAAUAAUCUCCUUAACUUUCUCAUACUACCUCCCAAGUUUAGGCAUCUAUUGGAACUCAUGGCGUACUCUAAUGUUAGUAUACAGCAUACCAGCCAUCGUUUCCGGUCUUGCCCUAUUUUUUAUGCAGGAGAGUCCAAAGUUCGUUUUUAAUAAAAGAGGCGAAACUGAAAGUUUGGAGAUUUUGAAGAGAAUUCACAGAGUUAAUAACUGGAGAUCUAAAGAAGAAUUACUGAUUAAAGGAAUAAUCCAGGACGAAUUGAUUUUACCCAAAACCCAAUCGUCAGUUAGAGACCAAUUAUUUCCGUUGUUCAAGGCGCCUCUCUUAAAGUCCACUAUCAUCAUGCUUUUUAUGAACUUAACCCAACAGUGA